UACGUCCUAUCAAUCUGCUUCUGUUUUGUUUUGUUUUUUCAGCUCUGUAUUGGAUUUGUGUUUGUUUUCAAAUUUUGUUUAUUGAAUGUCCCAGCCAAUGUGUGCAAUAAGUCAAUCUAUGUAAUCCGCCUUGAGUGUCAGUGAGAAUGGCAGGCUAUAAAUAACGUAAAUUCAGAAAGGCCCAAUUACCAAACCUAUGCCAAGUAUCCCCAAGACGGCUAAACCAGUCACUCUCCCGGAACACUGCGACGUGUGGGAUCUGUGCUGUUCCUCAGCUAAGAGUCAGGCGAAACAUCCGUUCAGCUACUUAGCAAUAUCCCUGUGGGGCGGAGACACCUCGUCAGCUCCGAAGGAUCCUCACUUUACUCUUCGUUAAAAUGCGGCUGAUACCGUCGAACCCCUUCCCUCCCAGCCAGCAUCAAAACGCGGGGGCAAAGGUCUUCUGCGUCGCUUGGCCUACCGGGGGCGCAAAGGAGAAGGAACGGCGAGCGCCACCCUCUUUUCUGCCCCCUCCCCAAUAUCCCACUGGGCAUCGCUGUAGUCCGGGCCGCGCCUCCGCUCGGAGCGGCAAGCACGCCUGGGGCUGGCCGAGAGCCGUCGGAGUCCGCCUAGCGCCGGGCUCCCACCAGCAGGUGUCGCUGUCUCGAGGCUCCAGCAGCCGGCGGUCGGCCUCUGCCCAACAUCCCGCCGGAGGAGCGAUGGCGGAGCGCGGCGACCGCGAGGAGGCCGGGGGGCGCGUGCAGCCGCCGCCGGGCACGGAGCGGAGCCAGGCGCCCGCCACUGAGCUAUCACGCGAGGAGAAGCUGCAGCUGCGCAAGGAGAAGAAGCAGAAGAAGAAGCAGCGCCGUCAGGAAGAGCCGCCGCCGCCGCCGCAGCAGCAGGGCGCUUCUCCGGUUCAGCCGGUGCCCUGCAACGUGCCGCCGCACCCGCCGCCAGCAACGGCACCGGCCCCCGCCAUGGCCGUUGAGAAGGCAGCGGGAGGCAAAAGCAAGGCCGAGCUGCGGGCGGAGCGCCGGGCCAAACAGGAGGCCGACCGGGCCCUGAAGCAGGCCAAGAAAGGAGAGCAGAGCCCGGCCGCCCUGCCCCCCAAGCCUCGGCUCGUACCCGGCGAGGCCCAGCCAGUGGUGAAAAGGCUCCCCGAACACGUACAAGUCGAUGACCCAGCUGCACUCAAGAAACUGGCCAAGAAGCUGGAGCGCCAGCAGGUGCCUUUGAGACCCGAUUACGGUGCCAAAGUCAGCCUCUUCUCCCACCUGCACCAAUACAGCCGCAAAGUGUUGCUAACGCAGCAAAUGAGCAUCCCUGCAUCUGUUAUUCAUCCAGCAGUGGUGCGGCUCGGUCUCCAGUAUUCCCAGGGCAUCAUCAAUGGUUCCAACGCCCGUUGCAUUGCUCUCUUGCGUGUCUUCAAACAGGUCAUUGGGGACUACACCACCCCUGCCAACGAGGAGCUGUCACGGGACCUGGUGAACAAGCUGAAGCCCUACAUCAGCUUUCUUAAUCAGUGCCGGCCCCUCUCGGCCAGUAUGGGCAAUGCCAUCAAAUUCCUCAAGAAGGAGAUCUCAGGGUUGCCCGGAAGUAUGCGAGAAGAAGAGGCCAAAGGGGUACUUCAAGAAGCCAUUGACAAGUAUGUGCGGGAGAAGAUUGUUUUGGCAGCUGAAGCCAUCUCCAAGUCUGCCUUUGAAAAGAUCAACGAUGGGGAUGUCAUCCUGGUAUAUGGAUGCUCCUCCCUGGUGAGCCGCACGCUGUGUGAUGCCCACACCAAGGGCCGUGCUUUCCGAGUGGUGGUGGUGGACAGUCGGCCACGGCUGGAGGGCCGGGAAACGCUACAUUGCCUGGUGAAGCAGGGCAUCCGCUGCAGCUAUGUGCUUAUCAACGCCAUCUCCUAUGUGUUGCCUGAGGUUUCCAAGGUGCUUCUGGGAGCCCACGCGCUAUUGGCCAAUGGGUCUGUGAUGUCACGGAUGGGCACGUCGCAGAUAGCUCUGAUUUCCAAGGCCCAUAAUGUGCCGGUCCUAGUCUGCUGUGAGACUUACAAGUUCUGUGACCGGGUCCAAACCGACUCCUUUGUCUCCAAUGAACUUGAUGACCCUGAUGACCUGAUUGUGCCACAGCGGGGGAGGAUCCCAUUAGCUGGCUGGCAGGAAAGCAAGUCCUUGCGCCUCCUCAAUCUGGUCUAUGAUGUGACCCCCAUGGAGCUGGUGGAUCUGGUGAUCACAGACUUGGGAAUGAUCCCUUGCACCUCCGUCCCCGUUGUGCUGCGUGUCAAGAACGUGGAGCAGUAAACGUGGGAAGGGAGGAGGGAGCAAAUAAACUCUGUGUGCCCAGC